UAGAAUGCUGUUCAGUAGUUUGCUGUGAACUGUGGUGCGGCUUUAGAGAUCGAGCCCGGUCUGCAAGCACCUUAGCGCGAAACGAAUUCCAAUCCGAUCUGAUGCCGUGUCUGAAACCCUUGCUCUUGAAGUCUUGUUGGAUUGAGUUGAGCUGGUGCUUCAACAUAAAGAGUUGAGGCUGAGGAAUCAAAGAACUGAAGCAUUGAGACCCGGAGCCGAAGAAUAUUGUCCGUUUCUUAUGGGUAUUUGGUUUUUUGUUGGUUCCCCGGUUGUUCGUUCGGUGGUUGCCUCAUGGUGAGGUAUUUUUCUCUGUGUACCCUCCGUGCUGCACCGCACCUCUAGCCAACUACUCUGGAAGUCAGCACUCUGGAUACCGACUGGUCUGUCUGUCUUUACGGUUGGUGUCUAUGGAAGCGGGUAGACAAGAUCAGAGAUCCAAGAUGCGAACAAUGCGAGACUACCUAAGUCUCCUCAACUUGGUGUGCCCCCGACGGUGUUCCUCAUUCUUCAAUGUUUCGAAGUGGCUUUCUAGUCAGUCUUAAAGAGUUUAUCGUACCUUGCGCACCUGUGUAAACGAGUUUGGCGGAACCUGAGCAACAAGGUGCUCAAUUUUUUCCAUCCUACUCUCACGACCGAGGGUUUUCCAUCGGUCUAUCUUUAUUGUACUGAAAGUGAAGAAAGAGUGAAGAUUCAGAGCUGUCCAAGGCGUUUGCCACUGAAAAUCGUCUCAUUUUCUCGUUUUGUCGUCCCGCAACGUUUUAUUAUUCGGUCGAGAGUUGGUAGCGUCAUCUGGGUACUACCGUAAAUGUGACGCAGACGCGAGCGCGCAAUUCAACCCUCAUUUGCGUAAAGUGUCGCUGGAAGUGCAAUGUUUUCGCGUAUAGCAUAUUGGAGUUUACUGCACAAGCAAUGAUAACCGUAAAGGAGUGCUAAUCUUGAGGAUUUUAUACGGAGCUAAUCUUCAGGUGCAAUAGAGCAGGUUAGGUGUCAGCAAUGUUACAAUGUCGUCCGUAAUACGAUAGUGUAGUUCAAUCGCGGACGUAGAUAAAACAACUCGUUCCGGUUAGCUUUCUGUGCUGCCUACCACUUCCAAUUGGGCUUUAUGACUUUCGAGUACGGAGUUCAUACGUUCGCCGGGUGUGUGUGGCUAAUAAAAUGAGAAAAAUUUCAGUAGCCGGAGCAGGAGCCGUGUGUAUGGGAAAUGCAUAAUAAAAUUGAAUUUAGAGGGAUUUGUCUUAAAAUUCCAUCGAAUUUACUGCCAGUACUACCGGUAGUCAAUAAGUCCUGGCAUAUUAGUACUCUUAGAGCAUAUUCGGUUGAUGUGAAUGAAAGUUGAAUUUGUCGGAUUCCUAGUGCCCGCAUAACUAGAUGCAAAUCGAUUUAAUUCAACAGAAAAAUUAUUUUAUUGAACGGAUCCGGUUGUAAUAAGAUACAAAAUAUUGGAGUGUUGUAAAAUUGCUACUGAUCCCAGUGUGGUGCCGCCCUGAGGGUGUACAUAAUUCAGUAAAUCAAGUUUGUUUUUGAAUUCGGAGUCGACUUGCGUGUACUAUUAUUGUGUUGCCGUUCGAAAUCAACAUAAGUUGAAUGUAAAAUUGUUAGUAUUACUUUUGAUAAUUGAUACGUACAUAUGUAUAAAUGUAGCCGUGUGUUGCUGGAUGAUGAAUAUUGAGCACGUUCCAAACAUUUCCAAUUUAUGAAAUAUUGGCCUCGAACUAGUGGAUACUAUAGGAGUGGACACCUAUCAAAUGGAUACAAACCGCUUUUGUUUGAGAGGAUUAUAUUGUUCUUCAUUCUAUUUUCACAUUUGAUAAAGGUGAUAAGGUGAUUAAACGAUAAUGCCAACGGAAGGAGCAUCUGUGAUUGAGGAUCGCGCGCUUCCUCUCGUCCGACCGUCGCGUAUCGAUCAAUUCCUCCAAUCGCCCGGAAAUGGGUCGAAUUCAGGAAGUUCUAGUUCGAGCUCGGUCAACGCAUCUGGAAUGCGUAGUUCCUCUGGUGGUCGUGCGACAGCAUCCUCAUCAGGAGCAUCAAGUUCCAGUUACGAGUUAUACCAACAUCAUCUAUCAGCAGGGAUACUCAACUCUCAAGCGCAACAUCAUCAUCGUGAAACCUCGGCAUUUGUACCUGUUCUUCCAUCGAGAAGCUUACGUGGCCCGCCAUCCCUCUAUUCAGGGAUGAUUGAUGCAGCCGAAUCUUUGGGCAAAGAUGUUCCACCUAAAAGGGGAUCAUCAUAUGAACUGAUUGCCAUGAUGGCAGAUAAACGGAAGGAGUUGGCUCUUCGGGAGGCUGCUGCAAUGCUACUUCCCCGACCCGGAGUGAAUCCAGCACCAGGUGCUCCACCUCCACCUCCAGGAAUAUAUCCACCACCCGGAUUUUUAGGUGGUCCUGGCCCAUCUCCUACUGGCCCUGGAACAUUUGCAUUUCCGUCAGCAGCGGCAUCACUAUUCCCACCAGGCGUACCGCCUGGACUACAUGCAAGCCUCGAUCGACGGUUAUUACGUGCACCAGGACGAGCUUCACGUCCGAAAAAGCAAUUUAUAUGUAAAUUCUGUAAUCGACAAUUUACAAAAUCUUAUAAUUUACUUAUACACGAGCGGACACACACCGAUGAGCGGCCGUAUUCUUGUGAUAUUUGCGGUAAAGCGUUCCGGCGACAAGAUCAUUUGCGAGAUCAUAGAUAUAUUCACUCGAAGGAGAAGCCAUUCAAAUGUACAGAAUGUGGAAAAGGGUUCUGCCAAUCACGCACGUUAGCUGUGCACAAAAUCUUGCAUAUGGAAGAAUCACCGCACAAAUGCCCUGUUUGCAGUCGAAGUUUCAAUCAACGGUCAAACUUAAAAACACAUCUAUUGACCCAUACUGAUCAUAAGCCAUAUGAAUGCUCAUCUUGUGGCAAAGUUUUUCGGCGAAAUUGUGACCUCCGAAGACAUGCCUUAACUCAUGCAGUUGGCGAUGUUCCCUCAGAAGUAUUGGAUGUGGGCGAGGAAGACCGUCAUAUGAGCGGAGAUGAGGAAGACACUGUGCUUGAAGUAGAUUCACCUCGUCAAAGUCCUAUGCAACGCGUAGGGUCUCCAAUUCCUGCGGAAGGGAAAAACUUCCGAGAUGAUGAAGAUGAUCUAAACGAAGAUGACGAUGACGAUGAUAUUGAUGGUGAAGAUUUUAUUGAGCAGCCUUUAGAACUUAGUAGGAACAGUGUGGAAGUUUCUGAGGUAACACAUUGUCAUCACGAAGGAGCAGGAGAUUCGUAUACCAUGCGCCCUCUGCAUGAUUAUCGACCUUUGAAGGAAAGAGAUUCUAACCAAGGCAUUCAAAAUAUGCAACAACCGCUCAUGCGAUCGCAACCCAUUUCGACACUCCCACCUCCAAAUCACACCCCGCCAUCUAAACCACCUGAGCCCUAUAUUCCAAUGUUACACGUUAGACGGGAUUUGCACCAUAAGAAUCCUCCAAGCAAUUCAGAUCCACAAGAGCAGACAUUAGGCACUGGUGCAUUAAUCUCCACUCAUCCAGGACCAUCUUCGCAAGUUACAAUAACCAGCGGGCUACUUGAUCCAGUUCCAAACUUCCUAGGAUCUAUUCCAAUCCGAAAACGUGCAAUGGGACUCGAUGGAGAACCUCAUCCAAUCCUCCAUCACCGUAAUUUGUCUGGUGGGCAUCAUCACCAUCAAAACCAUCAUUCCAGCCAUCACUCAAACCACCCUCAUCAUCAGCCACAUCAUAUUAACAUUGGACUUACUCGCCAUCACAAUCUUUUAAAACCUCCUGACGAAGUCCUUUUGUCCCCAAUUUCACCUUCAAUAACUUCGCCGCCUAUCGUGCUUGAGCCAUUAGCCUUGCAUCAGGGUGCCGCUGCAGCACCACCUCCAGCUGUUGUUCAGCCACCAGAAGCUGUUGUUGUCACUGCUCCAACAAUACCCAGAACUCGGCAAAUUAUGUCGCCACCAUCUCAACUCCAUCCAACUUCAUCGCAUCCAAUGUCAGUAUCUCAAACAGUGCAACAACAAACUCAUCCGCAACCUUUGCAGCCUCCACAACAGCAGCCCGCUCAACCUCCUGUUCGUCGUACUGGAUUCAGUAUAGAGGACAUUAUGCGACGGUAAUUGAAUCGAUUGCGACAGCGUGGGUAGAAGAUUUUCAAUCGAUCAGGCAGUACAAAACAACCUGAAGACUUCCAAUUUAUUCAUAUUGUAGACAAUAUCUUUUGAGAUCAUAACUUAUAGAAAGAAUGCAAACUAGGUUUCAUAAGUGAGUUUCUGCUGCGGUUGGUGGCGGGUUGGUGAAAAUAUUCAUAGUGCGAGCGAGGUUUCCUUCUGAAGUAUGACUUUUGUACAGUCUUCAUCGACUUUCCCCGUUUGAUUCUCCAGACCAGAUUUAUUUGUAUUAAUAACCAUUAUUUCAAUCAAGACGAUUCAGCGAAUCUAUACCGCGAACAAUUAAACAUAUUGCAAGGAAUUUCGUCUCAUUUUGAGAUAGUAAUAAAUUAUCUCAUUUUCAGUUCCUUUAAUGGAAAAAUUAGGUUGAAGAGGAUAUGUUGACCACCAUAAUCCAUAAUAUUAUGCAUACAUUAACUGCCGAUUGUUUAAAACAUACCUGCCAUAGCUAGCGAGCAGUAUUGGCUUGCUCCACAAAGGUUUGAAAUAAACAAGUUUAUCUUGAAUUCGACAAGUGCUCAGUACUUUCAUGGGAGCCUAUUUGGUUUUUUUGUUCAAACUAAUUUCGAUGUAGCCCAAUUAUCACCAUCUUCUUACAUCCAACUCGCCAAACAUCUCAAAAUAUGAAUAGAGACUCAUUUAUGUGCCAUAGUUCAUACUUUUGUUAACAAACGUAUGCAAAACGAAAGAUUUGAGCGAGUAACUCGAUAUUUUUUUCAUAUUCAUUCCAGUGUUUUGAAAUAUUGAACGUAUUAUUUAAAAUACAAAUUAUUUAUAAGAACAGUAACAUAGCUUGUAGAAUUUCUAUGUGAUGAUUAUAAAAUACUGUUAAGACCCAUAAGCAGCGGAACAGUUAACUGUUCAAUGUAUUUUGUGCUUCCUACAAGUAACUUUAAGUGGCGGCGAGUAUUCCUAAGCAUCGCGAAAUAUUUCAACUUUAGUUGUACGUUCUUGCAUAACAAUCUCUAGAAAAUUAAAGUCUCAGUUACUGAGUAUUAGUUUAUUUGAUUUAGUAUACCAGUAUCUCAAGUAAUGAAAGAAGUAAAGUAACAUAAAUAUUAGUUUUUACUCAAGAGUUGUGCCUUUGGCUAAGCGUAUUUGAAACGGUAUAAUGUUGUGCAUAUGUGGUAAUUUUGACAUUCUUUAGUAACAUUAAGGAUCUCUAUAGAGCGAAGCGAAUAAUUUUAGAACAUCUAGAUUUCAUCUUAGUUAAGGACUUAGUUAAAGGAGAUUUUUCAUAAGUAGUUUAAGUAAUUAUUUUACAUAAAGUAUCAGAAAUGUAGUUUUAAUGGAAUUAUAUAAGGAAACCAUUUUUUAAAUUUUCAAUUGUAAUAUUUUUCAGUAUAUCAUUGAAUAAACU